AAGACUGGCAAUCACGCUAUACAACACUCAACAUUCAACAUAUAACAUUCAGCAUUUGUCGGUUGCUCGCAUCUUUCUCUGUCAACCCCAAUAUACCAUAACAAUUAUUGCAUUGAUCCUACGGCGCUAUAAUUGACAGUCGAAAAGAAAACAAUAGACCGUCAUGGCUGCUGACAAACUCACCACGGGCUUCCAAAAGAAUAAGGAAUGGGCCUCGACCUACCCAGACAACUUCCCGGCCCUAGCAACCGGCCAACAGCCUGAAAUCCUCUGGAUUGGCUGCUCUGAUUCACGAUGCCCGGAGACAACCAUCUUGGGGCUUAAUCCCGGUGAUGUUUUUGUGCACCGCAACAUCGCCAAUGUCAUUCACUACAGCGACCUCAGCUCAGCGUGCGUGAUCGAGUACGCGGUCGCGCACCUGAAAGUCAAGCAUAUCGUCGUGUGUGGCCACACCGCCUGCGGUGGUGUGAAUGCUGCACUUGGUAAUGCGAAACUCGGGAAUCUGGACGCCUGGUUGCUGCCUCUGCGUCGUCUGCGACAACAAAACCUGGAGGCUUUGCAAGGGCUUGAACCCGCGGAGGCCGUUGUUAAGCUUGCGGAAUUGAAUGUUCUCGAUGGAGUCAGUAAGCUCAAGGAGACCAGUGUUGUGAUUGAUGCGAUUGAGACCCGGGGGCUUACUGUUCAGGGUGUGAUUUAUGAUGUGGCUAGUGGGUUGUUGCGUACCAUCGGUGGGAACGAGUCACAGGAUUCUCUUAAAGCGCGCUUGACAGCGUUCAAAACGGCUUGACAGCGCUACACAUAUAAAUUAGACGAUGGAAUGAGAUUUGAAAGAAGCGUUUUUCAUUGAUGGUUCUUUUGCGUGACAAAGGCAUUUUAGAGAUAUCCGGUUGAGCAAAGUAGAAACCGAUUUUAGCUAUUAUAUGUAUUUGCGCAGCCUGCUGUGCCUGAGCAUAACAUCGAGGGCGACAAACAUUAACCACAUCAGGAUUUGGUAUUAAAGAAGAUUCAUGAAAAUAAACAGAGUUUCGCUUUCGUUAUGACAAACAAAUAUAUAAUCACUUAAGGUUUUUGUUAGCAGUCAGCCAUAGACCGCUGCUCUUCCAC